AUGAGACUCAGCAGAUACAGCACGAGGAGAGAAUACGGCAGCGAUGGAGCCCAGCUCUGGCAAGAUGAAGUGCUCUCCUCUGGCAGUCAGCAACAGCAGUUCCAUCGAGGUUCGGUAAGGGCCAUCCCUCCAGAAUGCGAUCCGGAUUUCAUCACAUUCAAAGAGGAAGAGAGUUGCAACGAUGCGAUCCGUCAAGACAACCUGACCCUCACCGGAUCCACACAAGCAGAAUGCGGCGUCUUCUGGGACCACUUCAACUGCUGGCCGCGGGCAAAGGUCGGGGAGACCGUCCCGCAGCCGUGUCCCCGAUUCCUGCGGGUCAAAGGCAGCGUGAUGAGGAACUGCACAGAGCAAGGCUGGACGGAACCAUUCCCACCAUAUGACACUGCCUGUGGACACCUACUCAAUGACAGUUUCUACAUCUCCUCAGAGAUGCUGGUGUCUCACGAGUACUUCCUCUUUGUGAAAGUCAUGUACACUGUGGGCUACACCGUGUCUCUCAUCUCCCUGACCAUCGCUAUCAUCAUGCUGUGUUUGUUCAGGAAACUUCACUGCACGAGGAACUAUAUUCACAUCCAGCUUUUCGUGUCCUUCAUCCUCAGAGCGAUCUUCAUCUUCAUCAGAGACUCUGCGUUGCAACCAUCAGAAGACUACUAUUUCUGUGACUCCCAUCCGCCUGGCUGCAAGGUGGCCCUCAUGUUCUCCAACUACUGCAUCCUGGCCAACUACAGCUGGCUGCUGGUGGAGGGCCACUACCUGCACAGCCUGAUCAACAUCUCAAUCUACUCCCAGAAGAAAUGUCUCCACUGGUACAUCCUGCUUGGCUGGGGUAUUCCCAUGGUCAUCAUAACAGCUUGGAGUGUGGCCAAAUACCUCUAUGAGGACGAGGGGUGCUGGGAGACAAGAAGCCAUAGCUGGAUCUGGUGGAUCCUAAGGGUUCCUGUCAUCCUCUUUAUUAUUGUAAACGUGUUGUUUUUCAUAUGCAUCAUAAGGACACUGGUUGGCAAGCUCAGGACACCAGAUAUGCACGGACAUGAAUUCACGCAGUGCAAGAAACUAGCCAAGUCUACCUUUCUCCUAGUGUCACUCUUUGGCAUUCAGUAUAUCCUGUUUGCAUUCUUCCCUGACAAAGUCAGUGUCCUGACCUUCAAAAUCUGGAAUUUUAUUGAGUUGGCCUUGGCCUCCACACAGGGCUUCAUUGUGGCUGUACUUUAUUGUUUCUUAAACGGGGAGGUGCAGAACGAGGUCCAGAGGCGUUGGCGGAAGUGGCGGCUGAGUCAGAGUCUCCAUGGCGACCCUAAAACCCACCACAGCUCUCUGAGUCACAGCGGUCUCCCCCCCACACAGAUCUCCCUGCUACCACGCGCCCCCACCGUCCACAACUCCAGUUUGGCCUGA